AUGCUACCUCAAGCUCUUCUGACGGGCCUUCUAGCCCUGUGCUCUGUGCCCAUCUCUGCCUGGGUGAUUCCGCAGUCCGUUCUGGGUACCGUAAACCCUCCGGAGUCGGCAUCCCAGGAAGACGCCCAUGCCCGCCCAUCCUGGUUUACCUCGGCCCUGAUGGCCCGUCGUAUGCUGGCUCUCUCUUCAUCCGGCGUGAUAGCAACCACCUUCCCGGAUACAAUUCCACCCUCUGGUCGUACUCCGGCGUCGGUCGCAGGUCUUCCCAUCGGUCUGCGUGAGUACAUCGCCGACUGUGACGGGUCUCUACCGGAUGAACUGUCUCAUGGUGACAACGGGGACCCUACCAUUCUGGCCCUGCGCGUGGCCACUACGUUCCAGAAUAUUGGGGCCGGUUCGAACCUCAGUCUCGAGUUGGACUGGUGGGACCAUCUCGCGGAUGCCAGACCCGUCUAUCCCGGUCUGCCUGAUAGCCCAGCUGCCCUGCCGCGUGUUACCUUGUUCGGAUACCUGGAACCGCUCCCCGAGCUGUCUACUUCUGCGUCGGCGAGCCUCGAGAAGUGCUUCCUGGGGUCCCACCCGGAUGCCAAAGUCUGGUUGCCUGGAGUAUCGGGUUCCCCGCACGCUAGCUUCUGGGCCCGGAUGGUGGUAACACAGGCUUACUGGAUCGGUGGGUUUGGCGAUGUGCAACAGAUCGGCUGGAUGAACGUGACAGAGUGGAAGGGGAUUCGACGCCACGGCAGUUUGGACGUCGGCGAUGGCCGGGGAUGGGGAGACGUGCGACUCCCGGGGGAGAAGGGACGAGAUGAUAAUCUAUGA